CCCAAUUUGACAGAUCUGCGGCUGUGGUACGGUCUACCCGAAUCAGCAUUGCAUUUGGUACGUACGUUUCUCGUCUGCUCGUUCCGACAAGGAACUCGGAACAGCUCCGAAACUUCCACAAGCGGAGACCCAAAAUUCGCUGCACCUUCAAGUUGCUACAUUGGGGAGGAUCAUUCAAAAGCGAGCAUCAAAAGAAGAAAGCCCACAAACAAACUUUUUUGGCAGCUUUCGCACGCUACCCAAACCAUCCUAGCACAAUGGCUGCCGCAACACAUGCCGCCGCCGGGCGGGUGAUGAGCUUGGAGUCAACUGUUCUGGGUGCUGCGCAGCCUGUUCACACUGAGUUUGCUGGGUUGCCUCUAAGUUCCGACCGCGGCCGCGGCAACUUGUUGAGUACCAGACGCAGCUCGGUCUGGGUCCCCUUGAACGGCCAGAGGGUGCGCCCCGUUUGCGCCCUUAACGGGAGCAAGAAUGUGUCGGCCCCUGCCCAGGUCUCAGUUGAGGCGACACCUGUCCCCGCCCAGCGCCCCCAGACCGUCGCCUCCGUCCAGGCCGCCCCCCCUCUGGCCUACGUCAACAGCAGCCAGCAAUACCUCCCAGCAGUGCUCGUCGGCGCAGGCCUUGCCGCGGCCUUCUACGCGCUUUUCGGCAACAAGCAGCAGGCCCCCGCUCCUGCUCUCGCCGGCAAUGCCCCCGCAGCGCCUGCGCCUCCGGCACCCGCUCCCCAGCCCAUUGUCAUCAAGAUUGAGCAGCCCCAGACGACGUCAGGUGGCGGCAGCUCAGUGGCUUCCAAGGCAGCUCCGACGGACGCCACGCGCAAGGCGCGGGAUACGAUGGCCAAGUACUUCCCGGUGGUGCAGAAGGACACCGACUUCCUCGGAAAAGUGUCGGAGGCGCUCGAGGACCUUGGUUUCAACAGGAACAACUGCAUUGCCCUGGUCGAUGCUUGCCGUGACGAGAUCACCCGCGGCCUGGUUCAGAACAUUGAUGAGAUUUACGGCGAGUCGUUCAACAUUUCCGGCCUAGGAGGGUAUGUCAACUGCGGCAAGACCGGCCUAGGGGCUGGCAUGGCCCACUCCCCCACCCUCCCUGACCGCGACCAGGACGGCAAGAUCCGCGAGAAAUAUGUCUUCUUCGCUUUCCCCCACGUGGCUGUUAGCGCCGACGGCGCCGAGGGCAUGGUUCAGCGCAUUGGGCGCGAGAAGAUCUCCAGCGCAUGCGGCGCGUUGAUCGCGAUCCAGGGAGAGGCGAAAGGCUGGUCCGGUGAUGCACAGUACCCGGACGACAUCGAGUACACCAUUCUGAGGAACAAGGUGCUCCACAAGCAAUCGUGCCUAUGCAACAUGGCGACCCAGACGCCGUCGCUUAUGGAUGUCACCAAGACCGCCCUUGACGUGAUCACAGAGGACCUGAACGACUUGCUUUCCAAGGUCGUCGAUCCUGCAAAGGCAGACUUCGCCGUCGUCACCGGCAUUCAGAUCCACGCAGGAACAUCAGAGGCUCCCGAUGAUCAGAACCAGUUCGUGGACUACGUUGCCCCGGGCACCAUGUACGCCGUGGUUAACGGCCAGGGUUACUCGCUUGACUGGCGCUGGGAGAACGGCUCGGUGAUCUCCAAGAAGAUGCCCGCAGGCACCCCUGACAAAGUGCCGGCCCUUGAGCUUAUUGGUGCGAAGUAGGUUCCAAAACAAUGGUUUCACAAGCAAUCUGGGGAGGGUUCUACGGUAACGGGCUCACGGGGUUAACAUUUUGAUCAAUUAUAGAGUCGAUUCCAAGCCCAGAGAAUCUGGGGAGGGUUCUAAGGUGAUGGGUUAAAGGGUUAACGAUUUGAUCAGGGUAGUAUCGUUUCCAAGCCCACGACUCUUGUAGCUCGGUGUAGGAGGUGAUCGAUGUGCGGGGCGGGUAGGGGUGUUGACGACCGGUAAUGUACAGAAGAGUCAGAGCGCAUGAAUAUGGAACGUACGUUGAUGAACGACAACUUGCGCAUAGUAAGUAGCUAGUGACUGCACACUGCCAAGGAAUGCGGACAAGUUGUGUUUGAACGACGCUUGUGCAUGCAGGUCAAAUCUGAAAGCUACUUGUGCAAGAAGGUCAAAUCUAUAAAACUUGCGACAAUCUGGCAAUGUCUUGUCUCUCUUCAGACAAGUCUACUUGAACAUGGAUGUAUGCAAACAAGGUGCAAUCGCCGCUGAGUAGUAAUCUGGUCUACUUUCUAGCGUCACUGACACUGCCUGGGACUUCAGUAUAAAGCCGAUUAUAUAUGCACCGUGAUCGGAAAUUGCG